GCAGAGACGAGCAUCCCCUGUGCUCCCCGACCCACACACCCCGGCAGCCGGGGGAGGGAUGGGCUCUGGAAACCUGGAGUCUUGGGGAAACACAGCUCACGGGAAAGGGGGUCCUGGAAAACUUAAAAACGCUGCUGCUUUGCCUGGCCACUUUGGCUGGGGGCCUGCCACGUGCGUCUGCUCCGCUUGUGAGAGGAGGAGGAUCCUGUGAGAGCUCGUGGCAGGGUGAGGAGCUGGCACCAUAGGGACCAUCUGCCGUGCUGCAGCAUCUCUGCUGUAACAGAGCUUGCCUGGCCAGCCCCCCUCAGCUGCUCAGAGCUGUGUGAGGAGCUGUGAAGGCAUGGGAACAUGGGGUUUACUGACAGUUGGGCUAUUUUAAUGUUUUGAGUUACUUAAAAAAGAAAAAGAAAACAGCCAAAAAACAAAUACACGGCAGGGUGUAAUUUUUUGGGUGGUUUUUUUUGGGACCUCUGCAAAAAUUCAGUGGCUGUGAGAGGCGGCAGUGUGGGAUGCAGUGGGGUUAGGCAGGGGACAGCAGCACUGUGGGCCAGGUGAGCCAGCUCCCUGUGAAACUUCUUCUCCCAGAAUCUUCCCCACACAGUCCCGGCCACCCUCUGGAUCUGCCUUCCCUCCCGUUACACGGCUGUUGGCUGCUCUGCCUUUCCUCCUUCCUCAUGCUCGGUGAUGCACAGGGCAGUGUGUGACAAGACAGCAAUUCUGCGAGGCUUCCACACCUCUCCCCACCUUUGCCCCUGUGUCCCAGCGCUGUGCGUGACAGGGCAGCUCACAAGGAAACAGGAUGGAUACUGUCUGCUGUCUGUCCCGACACCCUCUGGCUGCACCCGGCCCCGAGUGCUGCAGUGGGAGGCUCCCGGGACAGGGUUCCUCACGAGGCUGUGCCUUUCCCCCGCAGGCAGCCUGGCUGGGCAUCAACAUCUUCCUCUUCACCUACUACUUUCUGUUCUUUGACCGGGACGAGCGGUAUUUCUACACCAGGGCCAUCCUGGGGUCCGCCUUGGCGUGGGCUCGAGCAUCAGCCAAGUGCCUCAACUUCAACAGCAUGCUGAUCCUGCUGCCCGUCUGCCGCAACCUGCUCUCCUUCCUCCGUGGGACCUGCUCGUGCUGCAGGCGGACCUUGCGGAAGCAGCUGGACCACAACCUCACCUUCCACAAGCUGGUGGCCUACGCGCUGGCCCUGCUCACAGCUGUGCACACCAUCGCCCACCUCUUCAACCUGGAGCGCUACAACCAGAGCCAGCAAGCCACCGAGGGCAGCCUCCCCGCCGUGCUGUCCAAGAUGCACCUGCAGGGCAGCGAGUGGCUGAACCCCAUCCACUCCAACCACACGACCGUCGAGUACGUGGCUUUCACCACCAUCCCGGGGCUCACGGGGGUGAUCAUCACGCUGGCACUCAUCCUCAUGAUCACGUCCUCCACCGAGUUCAUCCGCAGGAACUACUUUGAGCUCUUCUGGUACACACACCACCUGUUCCUCGUCUACUUCGCCGGCCUCGUCAUCCACGGCAUCGCCGGGCUGGUGCGUGGGCAGACGGAGCAGAGCACGGCAGAGGUGCCCCCCUACGACUGCGCCGAGUACCUCACACAGCGGGAGCACAACUGCACCCACAGCUGCUGCAAAGACCCCGAGUUCGGGAGCAUCCCUGCCGAGUCCUGGAAGUGGGUUCUGGCCCCCAUCAUCCUCUAUGUCUUUGAGCAGCUCCUGCGGGUCUGGCGUGCGCAGCAGAAGGUGGUUGUCAAAAAGGUGGUCAUGCACCCUGCCCGCGUGCUGGAGCUGCAGAUGCAGAAGAAGGGCUUCUGCAUGGAGGUGGGGCAGUACAUCUUUGUCAACUGCCCCGCCAUCUCUGCGCUGGAGUGGCACCCCUUCACCCUCACCUCUGCGCCUGAGGAGGACUUCUUCUCCAUCCACAUCCGGGCAGCCGGCGACUGGACGGAGCGUCUCAUCAACACCUUCCAGCUGGAAACGCCCAGGGUCGAGGUGGAUGGUCCCUUUGGCACAGCCAGUGAGGACGUGUUCCAGUACGAGGUGGCCAUGCUGGUUGGAGCGGGCAUCGGUGUCACCCCCUUCGCCUCCAUCCUCAAGUCCAUCUGGUACAAGUUCCAGCAGGGUGACCAGACCCUCAAGACCAAGAAGAUCUAUUUCUACUGGCUGUGCCGGGACACGGGAGCCUUUGCCUGGUUCAACGACCUGCUUGCCUCCCUGGAGCAGAAGAUGGCUGAGUCGGGCAAGGCUGACUUCCUCACCUACCGCCUCUUCCUCACUGGCUGGGACAGCAGCAUUGCCAACAACGUGGCACUGCACUUUGACACCGCUACGGACACAGUGACGGGCCUCAGGCACAAAACCAUCUUCGGGCGGCCCAUGUGGAACACGGAGUUUGCAGCAGUGGCUGCAGCCCACCCCAGGUCAGUGGUCGGUGUGUUCCUCUGUGGGCCACAGGCCCUGGCAAAGAGCCUGCAGAAGUCUUGUCACCAACACUCCAGCCUGGACCCCAGGAAGGUCAAAUUCUACUUCAACAAGGAAAACUUUUAAGUGGGCAGGGACCCUGACUGUACUGCCUCAAGCCUUUCCAAAGCAAGGCCAGGGAGAAGCACCUGUGCAUGCACUGAAGCCAAGCUGGACACAGCAAGGUACUCCAUCUCCAUGAGAAAUUCCAGGUUCAAAGACUGCCUGUCCUGGUGUUCAGGGGUCCUCAUGGAGCAGUGGGCCUGUGGCUCCACCCAGCCCCUCACUGCAAAGCAGAGCCACAUUCUGUGAUGCUGCUGGAGCAGCAGGAAGCCGUGGGAGCCCAGCAGGUUGGGCAGAACCACUGGAUGGGGAUGGGACAUGGGCAACCCUGCAGGUGUCAGGGGCCAAACGUGCC